GGUUCGCUUCACUUGAACCACAUCGGGGAGUGUAGUAUAUGCUGCACAGGCGUACCGGCCAAUCAGCCUGCUAUCUCUGUUACUUUUCGAGGCUAUGGGAAAAAACAUCAACUCUAUGUUCAGCAUUGCCACCCAAUCGCCCUGACAAAAUCUAGACGGGCUCUAUCUAGGUGCCUUACCUACCUAGGUACCUACCUAAACCUACUCAAGGCGGUAAACCGCAUUGGUUGGCGAUCUGAGCCAGAGGGUACACACUCCCGGCCAUACAUAAGAGAGAACCCCGCCAGAACUAAUGUCCACCUGAGGUGUUUGUAUGUACACUUGUCACUUACUGGCUUAUUUAUCGGUACAUACUCUCGCGUCGAGCUGGAAACAGGUUUCAAAACGCGUCGUUGCAACUUGGAUCGGGACAGGCACACAAACAAACCCUCUGCCUGCGAGUGGAGGCAACACGGUUCGCCACGUCGCGCUGUCCCUGUCUGACGACAGCAGUGAAAUUGCCCAGUGUGUCGAAUAAGAUGCCUGGCAUCCCAAACAGGAUGCUUUCAUUCAUCCGCCAUCCCAAAGAUGGUGGUGGUGCCCAAACAGGAACCCACAGUGGCGGGUCCGAACCAGCAUCACAGGUGCAGCAGCAAAAACAAAAUCAACAAAGGCAGCAGCCCGUGCAGCUUUUCCAGAACCAGCAGCUUCAGGAGCACUUCCACCACCAACUGCAGCAACCACAAAAGCCGCUGCCGCAGCAGCAGCAGGAGCAAACUCCACCACGUACCCAGGUGCUUCAUCAGCGGCAGGGGUCACAUCAACAGCUGGCAGAGGCCCACAAACUACCUGCUCCAAAGUUUGGCCUACGUCAGGCAGCAAGCCAGCCGACAGCUUCAAGCAUACCAAGGGCCCAGUCGUCGGGUCUGGCUCAAAUCCAGACUUCUCAGCGCAUACGUGCAAACUCGGAUGGUGUCCGUGGACCUCCUGCGUCUAGCCGUCCUCAUCACGAUACUUGGGAGGACUCUACCAUAGGGUCCCUCCUUGACAGUGAAAGACAAUCGGAGCGCGAUCAGCAGCGGAUGGUUCCCUAUGAACCUCGAGUAGACCCAGUGGCCCAACCUCGGACACAUACACUUCGGACACAACUGCCGCCGUUUCAGCACGACCGUAAUUUUCUGCCGACAGCAACCCACAGCGGAGAACACGGCCCCUUCAUCCUGAACGAAAACGGGUACAUCCGGAGUGUUGGUCAAUCCAAAGGAAUCGGCACAGCACUCGUUCACGGCAGCCUGCAGAACGGCAAGCGCAUCGAGGCCAACACAAUUCUAGACGAACCCUUUGCCGAUAAGUCUGACGCAGAGACGACGCCAAGGAAGCAACUCAAGCAUAGUAAAAUCGCAAUUCGUGACGCUAGAGACGUCGCUCAGAACUACCAGGACGCUGGCCGAAGACGGUCCUAUGUGGAUGCACCGAUAUACUCUCGCCAAGAGGAGUUUUUGGCUGUUUCACCAGAGCGUUACCAGAACGGACGUGACAAACCCACCAAGGGCCACGCCGAUCGUCGCUCACGAGAUAUGAGCCAUCAUCACAGAUCCACGCAAUUCUUUGAUCUAGAAACCGCACAGCAGACACCUGUGCCGCCAGAUGACCAAAGUGACGCUGCGUCUCAGGAAGACGAGGCUCUAGUAGAACAACGAACACCACGCCCCAGCAGGAGCAAACCAUCGCUAAAUCUUGCAAAAGACGCGCUCGCCGGCUACCCCCCGCCUUUGACAAAUAAUUGGCCUCAACCGAGCGGCGCAACUUCCGUGCCUCCGGUCUCCCUUGCCGCCACUAGACAGCACAGCUUUCCUCCACCGGCAGCCAACGGCCCUCGCCAGAUUACCGCACCACGAGUAAACAGCAACCGUGAGCAGCUCGCUGUGACCCAUCAGAAGAAGCGUCGCCUGAGUCUGGACUACGACGACCAGGCGCUAUCCAGGAUGGAAUAUACAGAGCUUCGAAACGAGUCUUUCGACCAUGACCCGGCUCGAUCCGCGAUCCAAAGAGCCAACACACCAUCCUCAGGAGACACCCUGGUCCAGAAGCUAUCUCAUUAUCAGACUCAGGAUGAGAGCUCACAGCAUCAAUUCUUUACCCGGCUUUCAGUGAGCGAGUGGGAUGAAUGUGGCGACUGGUUUCUGGGCAGAUUUGGCGAACUUGUGGGCGACAUCAAGGCGGCCCGACGAGAGAAGCGCGAAAUCGUCAGUCACUUUGAGAGCCAGAUCUCCGCCAGAGAGCAAGCUGUGCGGAACAGGACAGAAAAAAUCGAGCAAGCAUUGACGAGCCUCAAGCAUGAAGGCGAAGGUAUGAUGAGAGGGAAGGACAUAAACAUGUGAGAUGAUAUAUGAACCGUCACAGGGAUUCGUUAAUUUGGUGAGGAGAGGAAUUCACAAGCAGCCGCUAUGUGAUGACAAAGACGAUUUCUGUUGCUUUGCUGGCCGUUGUGUCGUGAGUCGAAUGUUAUCCCUUUACUCUCCUGACCUUGGAGGAAAUUUACUGGGGCUGGGUAAUCGAACUGUUUACGAACUUUUAUGAUUGAUGAGCUAUGACCACAGACCAAUAAAUACGGAGAGGUGCGAGAUUCGUCCUAUCUUCAGAAGGACGGUAUUGGAAGGACCAGGGAGAACUUUAGAUGCUUGGCCCCCUUUGCUUUUACUUUUGCCAUACCUUAAAGAACACGCCCACUUUCUUUCUCGCUA